AUGCCAAACGCACGCCUACUCACAUCGCAACUAAACCUCCUACUCCAAGCCAUCCACAUCCCAAUACACAUACUAUCUCCAACAGACCUAACACCUUCCUUACUCAUCGCCAUCCUCGAGUCAUUCCUCGGAACAAAAAUAUCCCUCACCACAUCCUCAAAACGACCAUCCCAAAUCCAAAACAUGAAGAUCUUCCUCGGCGUACUCGAAACCGACAUCCUCCAACGCGAUCUGGGGCUAAGCAACGUCGACCCCCGUCGUCUUGCAGAGGGGCAGUGGGACGAGGUCGUGUUCGUUGGUGAGCUUUUGUGUUGGGUUGCACGGAGGAUUGGGAUGCUGGACGUGAAUCCAAACUUGGUGGACGCACAACCACCGGCGGGAUGCAAUAAGAGCAGAAGAAGAAGAAAAAGAAGGGGUGUAUCGGAGCCUUACCCACCCCACCCGGAACUAGACACCGACUCGGUGUUUUAUUGUGGUUCGUCGACGACGACGAAGCAUACCCAGCAGACGCUCUCCUCUUUCGAGCUCGGCGAGAGCAGGAUAGAGUCUGACACUACCGUCGAAUACAACGAAGAACUCUCCAAUCCCAGUACCCCCUCUUCCUCAUUCAGCUUCCUCCCGGGCCCUACACCACCAAGAUGCAUCCACCAAAUCCCAUCACCCUCCCUCUUUCCUUUUCCACCUCCACCUCCACCUCCAAAGCGCGACGCGGACCGAAGUUUCUGUACCUGUCCCCCGUCUCUUUCCAAACAUCUCCCGAUAGAGCACGAGCACGAUCACACCUCGCCCUCUUCUUCCUCCGUAUCCCCAUCCGUUCGCAUGGACGGGUACAUCCAACAAGUAGACGAAGAUUUCGAGGUAGAGUCGUUCGAGCGGAGUCGGGGGUCUAUUUUGCUUGAUACUUCGAUGGCGGGAAGCUUGGAAUUGGAAGAACGUGGAAGAGCCAAGAAGCUCGCUGUUGCUAAUAGGGAGUAUGAGCGGACGCUUGAGCUGUUGAAUGAACGGGCGAUGUUGUUGAGCCAGCUUGCGGAUUUGAAGAAGGGGAGGGUUUUGAGGUGA